UUUUCGAUCUAGUAAAAAAAAAAAAAAAAAAAAAACAUGACCGUCUAGAUUACUCUAGAUCUAGAAUCUAACCUAGAUUAAGAUUAAAUUUAACCUGAUAAUGAGUCUCGAAAACGGCGAAUUUUUCAGCAUCGGUAGUGUGAUAAAAAUUGUUGACUGUCACCAAGAUACAUACAAAGGUGCUGUUAGAUCAUUCGAUUAUGCUACGAAAAUCCUGUCUAUAGAAACACCUUCUCGAGAAGUUGCACAGCUUUCUGACAUUUACAUCUUUAAUUUGGAUUAUGUUGCAAACAUUGAAAUUCUAGAAGACAAACAAACACCUGAACCAUUACCAUAUAUAAAUGUAUCUAAGAUCUCACAAAAGCUUAGUGAGCAAGAACAAAACAGAUUGAAACAAAAAAAAUUUAUUGGAAAAAAUGUGUCUCCUGAAGGACAAAGACUUAUGAACACCAUAUCAAAAACAAUAAAUGAUUGUCGAUGGGAUGGGCCAAAUAUUGUUGUACUGGGAGAUGUGACAAUCAAACCACCUUAUGGACCAAGAGAUCUGUAUUGUGCUGAAGGAUGCAAGGCACUGGCACAUAUCUCAAAAAUUGUUGAGAAACACCAUGAGGAAGAGGCUAAACGUGGCACGCCUUCUCAACGUUAGGGAUGUUUUGGUGUAAAUUACUUUAUUAAAAAAUGUUUAUUAAAA